AUGCCUCCGCCAUCAACACCAGCACCGUCUCGGUUCCUGCUUUCGAAGCGACCAGGAACCGAUGAAGGCGGGUCGACGCCUUCACAGACGCAGCCCCGCCAAUUCAUUUCAACUCCCCGCUUCGCGGCGCCAUCGACCACGCAGCCCCAGUCGCAAUCAACCACUCCGGUUGUGCCUGGCAACAGGCGCCCAUUUGUGUCUUCUUCCAUCAAAGUCGCGAAGCCGCCUGCUGAUGAGAUUGAUGUUCUCGAUAGCUCUCCAUUGCUGGAGGAUGAGGAUGAACCCGACAACAUAAAUAGCGGGCCGCCAUCGAGACCAUCGAGAAGGAGUGGUCUCCAAAAACAUGACAGCAUUGUUGAGAACUCGCCAUCGCCAUCACCAAGCAUCAAUUCCAGUCACGGCACUUUUGGAGGAGACCAGCAUGGCUACGAAGAAACUCCGCCGCCACCAAAACGGCGCCGUAUCACAGUCUCGCCUGCGUCCGUCGAGCACGUGAGCAGCUCUCUAGGAGAGCCUUCAGAGGUCGAGAAACACUAUAAUCAGGAUUAUGAUAUGACUCACAUUACCGCCAGCGAGCCAGAUGACAUCUCACAGUCUGGAGCUGCUUCGUCCUUGGAUCCUUACGAAAACAAAGACCCUGAACACAACCUAGAGGAACAAACCACCAAUGGUGACGAUGGCGCUGACCCCAUGCAUGGGAGUGCGGCUUCGGACGAUGUGGAGAUGAGUUUUGAGGCCAGAUUUGAACACGCACAAAAACAACGAGAUCGACAUCCCAAGUUUCGAGAAGCGCCUCGUUUCGUCACUACAGAACCGUCGGCGCAGCGGCAGUUCUUUCUCCCGGAUGCAUUCUCUCCGCAGCGUCGUGGUGCCAGGUACAUUGCAGGCGGCCUAGCAGCCGAGGUGCGCGACUGGCUGUUCCAAGUCAAGAGCGACGGAAACGAACCGCACCACAGUCGCCACUUUAACCAAACUCUUCUCGCCAAUCCUGCUGCUGGGUACAUAGCCGAUAAUGUCUCGGCCGGCCCUGGCAUGCAAAUGCUGACGGCAAGGCCUGCUUGGUCUACAGAAGCCUAUAAUUCAUCGCGAAACGACGGAGAAGACACUGAACAGACGCGCCACCGUGCCAGACUCAUUCUAGCCGGGGAGGGCCGCAUUUCUGGGCUUGCAGGUAAAAACAUUGUCACUCGGAAUACCGUUGUCGUUGUUCACCCGCCAACAUGGGAAAUAAACCUACAAGAUCAGGGCGUUUGGACUAUGGUCUGCGACUGGGGCAUCGCUGACGAGAUUGCAUGA